CGGGGUGUGGGGCUGCAGGUCCAUGGGUGAGGGUGGCCACGCUGUCGGUGGUGCACCCGCAGGCCCUCUGCACCUGUGCCUCCAGCCGUGGCUGAGCCCUCGAGGGGCCCCCGGGCUCUCCUGGGCCUGGUGCUGCUGGCACCCCGGCCCACCUGCCUGUGCCUGUCUGGUCGUCUUCCCGCGCCCGCGGCUCCCGCCCUGCAGGGAACAGCCCUGCAGAGCGGCUCCGGGCGUGCCCUCUGGGCUCUCCUGAGCACCUCACGCCCUGGGCCCCUCCUGGCCUCGGCCCCUGGGCUGUCCCGAGGGCCGUGGCGCUGGGUGUGGCCACUGGCCUCUCCGUGGGGCCUCCCCCGCCGGUCGGCAGAACAGGGCGCCCACCGCACGUCCCCCAGGAGUGAGCGCCUCGGGGAGCGUGUCCGGGAACAGCGCUGCCUGCCAGCCCGGGGCUUCUGGGAAGCCGGGCUGAGCUCACAGCCCAGGAAAGCGCCAGGCAGCCUCGCGGCCUGCGGCAGCCGGCACAGGCAGGGCUGCACAUCGACCCUCAGCUGGGUCUCCGCAGGGUCAGAGGUCUCGCCCGGCUCCCCCCAGUUACCAGCACGGGCGGCGCGGGAGAGCGCUCUCUUCUUACAGGAAGCCCUUCUGCCCCAGGCCUGGGCUCGGGGCGGCCGCCCCACGCAGGACUCCCGCGGGGUGAGGCCCAGCCGCACUGCGGCGCCCGUGACGGGCAGGAGGGAGCGCAGACUCCAGCCCAGCCCCGAGGUGUCAGUGAGGCGGGGGUGGGGCCGGGGUCCCGGGGGUCUCCCCCACCCUUACCCCUCCCUGGGCAUGAAGCAACGCCUGCACUGGCGCAGGUACCCACCCGACCCACGGUGUCACGGGGAGGGCGGUCAGUGAGGGAGGACGGCAGGCAGGAGGCCAGGGAGGCGGGCGUGAGGGCGCCCACAGCCGUCAGGGGCUCCCGAGCCCCCAGCCCCCCCAGGCCCUGCCUAGCCUCACGCCCCGCCUGCCUGCUGGCCUCAGCCCUGCGAACGCUGCCCGCUGGGCCGCACCCAGGGGCGGGGGCCGGCAGCCCCGUCCUCAGCCCUGAGCCCAGGACAGAGCUGCUCCGGGGCCACUGCGCCCUGUGCCGCCUGCAGUGCUGGGGGGCCGCUCUGGGGGCCGAGGGGGGAGAGGUGCUCCCAGGCCGAGGGGGGCCGUCCGGCAGCCUCCCUGGGCAGACCACCCCAGCCCUGGGCCUGCUCCCUGGGCGCCAUCUGGACCUCUGGAGCCAGGGACAGCGAGAGCCCUCUGUCCGUCUCCUCUCCUGCUCCCCCACCCCCAACUGUAUCCCAGCGAGAGCUCGCGCCUGCUGGUCCUCCACCAAUGCCUGCAGGAGGCAGGCCAGGCCCGGCCAGGCGCUCGGGGUCUCCCACCGGGCAGGGCCCAGGCACCCGGGCCAUCGUCCUCCCCCCAGGGUUAGCGGGGCUCUGGAUCGGAAGUGGAGGGGCCGGGACUGGGCCAGGCACUGUGGUGCGGGGUCUGGUGUGGGAUGCGGGCCCCCAGCCUGAGCCGCUGAGCCGCUGAGCCGCGCGCCUGCCCCUCGUUCUUUCUGGAAGGGAGACAAAACGCACAGAUACCUUAGAAGUGACCCUGUUUGAAGCCUUCCAGAGCCCGGCGGCCACCGCUACCCUGGACCCAGAACCUUCUCACCCCAAAAGAAAGCUCGUCCCCGUGUCCAGUCAGCUCCGGCCUCCCCAGCCCUCCCAUCCCCGUGGAGCCCCUGUCCUGGCCCUGUCCAGUCAGCUCCAGCCUCCCCAGCCCUCCCGUCCCCGUGAGCCCCUGUCCUGGCCGUGUCCAGUCAGCUCCAGCCCUCCCGUCCCCGAGAGCCCCUCUCCUGGCCCUGUCCAGUCAGCUCCAGCCUCCCCAGCCCUCCCGUCCCCGUGAGCCCCUGUCCUGGCCGUGUCCAGUCAGCUCCAGCCCUCCUGUCCCCGUGAGCCCCUGUCCUGGCCCUGUCCAGUCAGCUCCGGCCUCCCCAGCCCUCCCGUCCCCGUGAGCCCCUGUCCUGGCCGUGUCCAGUCAGCUCCAGCCUCCCCAGCCCUCCCGUCCCUGUAAGCCCCUCUCCUGGCCCUGUCCAGUCAGCUCCAGCCUCCCCAGCCCUCCCGUCCCUGUAAGCCCUGUCCUGGCCCUGUCCAUCUGUGGAGCCCACGCGGGAGGCCUCUGUGUCUGUCUCCUUGGCCGUGGCGCCCUCAGGGCCGUCCAUGCCGUAGCCGUGUCAGAGCCCCGGCCCUGCUCCUGCCGCGUGCUGCUCCCUGUGCCCGCCCACCUGCUGCUGGACCCUGGGGCCAUCUUGGCGGAGAGUGGACGAGCGCUGUGCGGAGGUGCAUGGCAGGAGGGGAGCGGCCGGGCUGGCGUCUGCGCGUCAGCUCCCACCGGCCCUGCUCACCACCACCCCCAGCACUUGUGCGCCGGGGAGGGCCCCGUGCUGCCUUGUUUUCAAGAGGUCACAGAGAGAGAGGAAGAGACAGAGAGCUUCCAUCUGCUGGUUCCCACCCCAGAUGGCCACAGCAGCCAGGGCUGGGCCAGGCUGAAGCCGGGAGCCGGGGGCUCCAUCCGGUCUCCCCAUGGGUGCAGGGGCCCGGCACUCGGGCCAUCACCGCUGCUCUCCCAGGUGCUGGAGAGGGAGCUGGGAGCAGGAGCUGGGUGGGAAGUGGAGCGGCCGGGACGCGAACCAGCGCCCAUGUGGGAGGCCGGCUCUGCAGGCUACACCCCUGCACCCCCACACACCUGGCCUUGACUCACGUCUCCCGCUCUGGGCUCCCUGGCUGUUGGUCUGACAACGUCCCCAGCAGCGGGGCCCGGGCCGCCCUUGUCCUCCCUGGCUUCCCGGUGGUCACGCUGGCCCUCCGCUCCCCGCUCUGCGGGGCCAGCGCGGACCCACAGGCGUCUGGGGUGACGAUUGGCUCCCCCCGGCCUGUGUCCCCUCCCCUCCUUCAGAGGAAGCUGCAGGGUGGGAUCUCCCCUGGCAGGACCGGGUCCGGGGGGGGGGGGACGGUGGUGCCACAGCAGGCUCCGCACACGGCUCUGCCCCGUCCUGCGCUGCCUGGCUGGGGAGGGAGGCAGCAGGUGGGGCCCAGCCUGGCCUGCGGGGGGCGCCCCGUGGAGGGGCCUGGGUUGGCCCCGCCCCCGCCCCAGCCCGCAGAGGCCCCAGGGUCGGGGGCGCGCGCCCCCUCAGCCCUGUGCCCGCGCUGCGUGCCCGCGGGCGCGCCCGCCCGCCGCCGCUGUUGACAGCCGUCUGUGGCUGGAUUCCGCCCCGUACGGUAAUUGUCCUGCCUGCCAGGAAUCGCCCUGACUUACCAGGCAGGCAUCACUUCCUGAAAGUGAGCCCCGGCCUUAGAGGAAGCAGGCGCGAGGCGAGGCGCGGUGACUAAACCGACAUGCAAAUGCAGCCCCGGCCGAGCGCCGCGCCCGCCGCCCGCUGAUGCCGGCGCGGCCGCCACGCGCCUCCACCAUGUCCCAGCUGCAGUUCUGGCUGCAGCCCGCGGCUCUCGACCAGGACCCCUCGUACCUCGAGGACCUCUCCAACGCCUCCAUCUUCUCCUCGUCCGUGGACUCCCUGUCGGACAUCGCCGACACCCCUGACUUCCUGUCGGUGGACAGCCUCAGCCAGGUGCCCACCAUCUGGGAUGUGAGCACCCCCUCGUCUGCGCAGGACAAGCUGUUCCUGCCCGGCGUGGCCUUUCCCAGCCUGCAGGAGCCGGCACCCUCGCUGCCCAGCACCCCGCUCCUCGUCAGCUACCAGUCGCAGACGCAGCCCGAGGAGGAGGAGGAGGAGGAGGAGGCCGAGGAGCUGGGCCAUGCCGAGACCUACGCGGACUACGUGCCCUCCAAGUCCAAGCUCGGGAGGCAGCACCCGGACCGCGUGGUGGAGACCAGCACGCUGUCGAGUGUGCCGCCCCCGGACGUCACCUACUCCCUGGCGCUGCCCGCCUCGGACAGUGGCGCCCUGUCGGCGCUGCAGCUGGAGGCCAUCACCUACGCCUGCCAGCAACACGAGGUCCUGCUGCCCAGCGGCCAGCGUGCCGGCUUCCUCAUCGGCGACGGCGCCGGCGUGGGCAAGGGCCGCACGGUGGCCGGCAUCAUCCUGGAGAACCACCUGCGGGGCCGGAAGAAGGCGCUCUGGUUCAGCGUCUCCAAUGACCUCAAGUACGACGCGGAGCGCGACCUGCGGGACAUCGAGGCGCCGGGCAUCGCGGUGCACGCGCUGAGCAAGAUCAAGUACGGGGACAACACUACCUCAGAGGGCGUCCUGUUCGCCACCUACUCGGCCCUGAUCGGGGAGAGCCAGGCCGGCGGCCAGCACCGCACGCGCCUGCGGCAGAUCCUCGAGUGGUGCGGCGAGGCCUUCGACGGCGUCAUCAUAUUUGACGAGUGCCACAAGGCCAAGAACGCCAGCUCCACCAAGAUGGGCAAGGCCGUGCUGGACCUGCAGAACAAGCUGCCGCUGGCCAGAGUGGUGUACGCCAGCGCCACAGGCGCCUCGGAGCCCCGGAACAUGAUCUACAUGAGCCGCCUGGGCAUCUGGGGCGAGGGCACGCCCUUCCGCACCUUCGAGGACUUCCUGCACGCCAUCGAGAAGAGGGGCGUGGGCGCCAUGGAGAUCGUGGCCAUGGACAUGAAGGUCAGCGGCAUGUACAUCGCGCGCCAGCUCAGCUUCUCGGGCGUCACCUUCCGCAUCGAGGAGAUCCCGCUGCCCCCGGCCUUCGAGCGCGUCUACAACCGCGCGGCCCUGCUGUGGGCCGAGGCCCUGGCCGUGUUCCAGCAGGCGGCCGACUGGAUCGGCCUGGAGUCGCGCAAGUCCCUGUGGGGCCAGUUCUGGUCGGCCCACCAGCGCUUCUUCAAGUACCUGUGCAUCGCCGCCAAGGUGCGCCGGCUGGUGGAGCUGGCGCGCGAGGAGCUGGCCCGCGACAAGUGCGUGGUCAUCGGGCUGCAGUCCACGGGCGAGGCGCGCACGCGUGAGGUGCUGGACGAGAACGACGGGCACUUGGACUGCUUCGUCUCCGCUGCCGAGGGCGUCUUCCUGUCACUCAUUCAGAAGCACUUCCCCUCCGCCAAGCGCCGCCGGGACCGCGGAGCGGGGGCCAAGAGGAAACGGCGGCCGCGGGGCCGCGGGGCCAAGGCUCCCCGGCUGGCGCUGGAGGCGGGCGGCGUGAUCCGGAUCAGUGACGACAGCAGCACGGAGUCGGACGCCGGGCUGGACAGCGACUUCCACUCCUCCCCGGAGUCCCUGGUGGACGACGAUGUGGUCCUCGUGGACGCCGUCGGGCCCCCUGCCGACGACCGAGGCCCCCUGUGCCCCCUGCAGAGGGACCCCCAGGGCCCCGGCCCCCUGGAGCGGGUGGAGCGGCUGAAGCAGGACCUGCUGGCCAAGGUGCGGGCGCUGGGCCCGGAGCUGCCGGUCAACACCCUGGACGAGCUCAUCGACCAGCUCGGGGGCCCCGAGCGCGUGGCCGAGAUGACCGGCAGGAAGGGCCGGGUCGUGUCCCGGCCUGACGGCACCGUGGUCUUCGAGUCGCGGGCGGAGCAGGGCCUGUCCAUCGACCACGUCAACCUCAGAGAAAAGCAGCGCUUCAUGAGCGGCGAGAAGCUGGUCGCCAUCAUCUCGGAGGCGUCCAGCUCCGGCGUGUCCCUGCAAGCCGACCGCCGGGUCCUGAACCAGCGCCGCCGCGUGCACAUGACCCUGGAGCUGCCCUGGAGCGCCGACCGGGCCAUCCAGCAGUUCGGCCGCACCCACCGCUCCAACCAGGUCUCGGCGCCCGAGUACGUGUUCCUCAUCUCGGGGCUGGCCGGUGAGCGCAGGUUCGCCUCCAUCGUGGCCAAGCGCCUGGAGAGCCUGGGCGCCCUGACCCACGGAGACCGCCGGGCCACGGAGUCGCGCGACCUGAGCAAGUACAACUUCGAGAACAAGUACGGAGCCCGGGCCCUCAGCUGCGUCCUGACCACCAUCCUGAACCAGGCGGACAACAAGGUGCCCCUGCCCCAGGGCUACCCCGGAGGGGCCGCCGCCUUCUUCCGGGACAUGAAGCAGGGGCUGCUGUCUGUCGGCAUCGGCGGGCGAGAGCUGCGGUCGGGCUGCCUGGACGUGGAGAGAGACUGCUCCAUCACCAAGUUCCUGAACCGCAUCCUGGGCCUGGAGGUGCACAAGCAGAACGCGCUGUUCCAGUACUUCUCCGACACUUUCGAGCACCUCAUCCAGCUGGACCGCAAGGAGGGGAAGUACGACCUGGGCAUCCUGGACCUGGCUCCCGGGGUCGACGAGAUCUACGAGGAGAGCCAGCAGGUGUUCCUGGCCCCCGGGCACCCGCAGGACGGGCAGGUGAUCUUCUACAAGAUCAGCGUGGACCGCGGCCUCAAGUGGGAGGAGGCCUUGGCCAAGUCGCUGGAGCUGACCGGGCCCUAUGACGGCUUCUACCUGUCCUACAAGGUCCGCGGCAGCCGGCCGAGCUGCCUCCUGGCCGAGCAGGGCCGCGGCAAGCACUUCACCGUGUACAAGCCCAACAUCGGCCGGCAGAGCCAGCCGGAGACCCUGGACGGGCUCUGCCGCAAGUUCCACCGGGUGCCCGCCGAGGAGGCCAGGGAGCACUGGGAGAGCGGCUACGCCUUCUCGCUGACGCACUGCAGCCACACGGCGUGCCCCCGCCGCCGCAGGAACCAGCACUGCCGCCUGGUGCAGGAGGGCAAGGACUGCGCGCAGGGCCUGCGGCUGCGCCACCACUACGUGCUGUGCGGGGCGCUGCUGCGCGUGUGGGGCCGCGUGGCCGCCGUCAUGGCCGACGUCAGCAGCAGCAGCUACCUGCAGGUCGUGCGCCUCAGGACCAAGGACCAGAAGAAGCAAGUGGGCAUCAAGAUCCCCGAGGGCUGCGUGCGCCGCGUGCUGCAGGAGCUGCGGCUCAUGGACGCCGACGUCCGGCGCAGGAGCGCGCGCGCGCCCCCGCCGCGGCCGGAGCUGCCCUGCGGCGCGGGCGAGGUGCUGGACCUGACCUACAGCCCGCCGCGCCGCGCGCCCCCGCCGCCGCCCCUCGCGCCCGCCGACCCCGCCGCGCUGGCGCGCCAGGGCUGCGACAUCAACUUCAAGGAGGUGCUGGAGGACAUGCUGCGCUCGCUGCACCCCGGCGCGGCGCCCGCGGGCCCGGCCGAGCGCCAGAGCGUCAUCCGCUUCAGCCCGCCCUUCCCCAGCCCCUAGCGGCGCCGCGGGCGCGGCCCCUCGCAGUGCCUUCCGCCCCGCCGCCCCGCGCGCCGCCGCCGCGCCCCGCUCAGGACGGCCCGAGCUCCGGGGGCGGGGCGCUCCCAGGAGCUGGCAACUCAGGAAGCCCCAGGUGCUCGGCCCCGCGCGUCCGCGCCGGGGCCCGUGGGGCAGACCCCCGUGUAUGCAACCCCCUCCCCUGCUCCCUAAGUUAUUGCCUGCUCGCCUCCCCCGGCUGCGGCCGGGCCGGCGCGCCUGUAUUUAUAAUGAACUCUAAUGUAUAUAUGUAACUUUUUUAAAUAUAUGUGCCUUUUGCCUACA